ACUGGCCCAGCAGGCUGCAUAUGUGGUAGAGAGGCGUCCUGUGGCCUCGAGAAGACAUUCCCUGCGUGUCGUCUUUGUGUGCCUUAUUCCACUUCUCCCUUCGUCGCCGCUGAGGCUCGUAAAAGGCACGGCGACCAUUAUUCCGUCAUCAUCGUCUACCGCCACCUUUUAGCGAGGAACUCAUCUUUAGCUGCUUGCUUUGCUCUGCAACCGCAACUGCAACUGCACCUGCCUAGAGGCCCACUGGUGUGCCGCUUUCCCUCCUUCCCCCAAGCUUCAUCCCUCUCUUUCUGGGCCUCUGCUUGUUUCUUCUUUACACUUUUCUCCCCUGCUGCCUGUCCGCAGCCACCCGGACUCCAGCAGCACCAUGGACCAGAUUGGCAGCGACAUGCUCGUCGACGACGACUUUGACGAGAAGCAGCAUGUCGCCAUCAUCACCCCGGACACGGACGACCAAAUGGACGACGUCGACCCGCACGCAGAGCCCGAGCCCCGCGCCGACGAGUACGAUGCCUUCUUGAAGAAGCACAUGCCCGAGUCAGAAGAGAACGAGACCGAGGACCAGGUCUACAACACAUGGGAGAUCAAGGACUGGCGGACCCUCACGAGGCGCGAGCAUGGCCCCGUCUUCGAAUGCGCCGGCCAUCCCUGGCGCGUGCUCUUCUUUCCCUACGGUAACAACGUCGACUUUGCCUCGUUCUAUCUCGAGCAGGGAUACGAGGAGAAGCAGAUGCCAGAGGACUGGUACGCCUGCGUCCAGUUUAUGCUGGUGCUAUGGAACCCAAAAGAUCCCAGCAUGUACCUGACACAUACCGCACACCACCGCUUCACCGCCGAGGAAGGCGACUGGGGCUUCACGCGCUUCGCAGAGCUUAGGCGCCUCUUUAGCAAUUCGUGGGACGACCGGGGACGGCCAAUGGUCGAGGACAACACGGCCAAUGUCACAGCAUAUAUAAGAGUACUCAAGGACCCAACUGGCGUUCUAUGGCACAACUUCAUCAACUACGACUCCAAGAAGGAGACAGGCAUGGUGGGCCUAAAGAACCAGGGCGCCACAUGUUAUUUGAACUCGCUUCUUCAGUCAUUGUUCUUCACAAAUGCCUUCCGUCAAGCUGUCUACCAGAUACCCACUGCCGAAGAAUCGGACCGUUCGAAUAGCGCCUAUGCCCUGCAACGCUUGUUCUACCUGCUCCAGACACAAUCCAGUGCCGUCGGAACAACAGAUCUAACGCAGUCGUUUGGUUGGGAUUCAAAGCAAAUUUUUGAGCAGCAGGACGUGCAAGAACUGUCGCGUGUGCUCAUGGACAAGCUAGACGAAAAGAUGAAGGGCACCGAGGCCGAGGGUGCAUUGACGAGAAUGUUUGUCGGCAAGAUGAAGACGUACAUCAGUUGCAUCAACGUCGACUACGAGUCAUCCAGGAUAGAGGAUUUCUGGGAUAUCCAACUAAACGUUAGCGGCAACAAGAAUCUAGACGACAGCUUCAAGGACUAUAUCCAGGUCGAAACCAUGGACGGCGAGAACAAAUACUUCGCCGAGGGCUUCGGCCUCCAGGAUGCCAAAAAGGGUGUCAUCUUUGAGAGCUUUCCGCCCGUCCUUCACCUCCAGCUCAAGCGCUUCGAGUACGACUUCCAACGCGACGCCAUGAUGAAGGUGAACGAUCGUUACGAGUUCCCGGAAAUCUGGGACGCUGCACCGUACCUUUCGGAAGGCGCCGAUCGAUCAGAAUCUUGGAUCUAUCACCUGCACGGCGUACUCGUGCACAGCGGAGAUCUCAACGCCGGACAUUACUAUGCCUUCCUCAAGCCAACAAAGGAUGGCCAUUACUACAAAUUCGACGACGACCGAGUAACGCGAGCGACGCUGCGGGAGGCGCUAGAGGAAAACUUUGGUGGUGACUAUGCGCAAGCAAACGGAAACACGGGACAACGGAAUCCUUACACUCGAACUUGGUCUGCGAAACGGUCAAUGAGCGCUUACAUGUUGGUCUACAUCCGGGAAACCAGACUCGAUUCUGUCCUUAUGGACGGCAAGAGCGUGGAGCCACCCAAGCAUCUCGCUGAGCGUCUUGCGGAAGAGCGAGCUGCAUUUGAGCGGAGAAAGAAGGAGCGCGAGGAGGCACAUCUCUACAUGGAUGUUGCUGUCGCAUCAGAAAAUAACUUCAAGGUUUACCAAGGCUUCGACAUCGUUUCCUGGAAGGGGGAUGCCGAUGCAGCCUCCAGUCCAAAAAUCUAUAGGAUACUUCGUGCGAAAACCAUGGCGGAGUUUGCCCAGACCGUGGCAGAGGAUUUGGAAGUUGACGCGGAUAUGUUACGGCCAUGGUCCAUGGUCAACAGGCAAAACGGCACUGUUCGUCCGGAUACCGCGCUCGAGUUCCCUGAUAUGACAGUCGAGGAGGCUGCGAACAAGCACGGUACUAAGCAGGCCCAGUUCAGGCUAUGGAUUGAGAAGGCCGAGAAACGUGACGAGAACGGAGCACCCGUGUUUGGCGACGCGCUCGUUGAUCUCAAGGUCCAACAAAACAACCGACCGUUGAUGAUCUUCUUGAAGCACUUCGAUGCCAAGACGCAAAGUUUAUUCGGUAUCGGGACCUUUUACGCAGCCGCCCAGGACAAAGUGUCAGAUCUAAGCCCUGCAAUCAACAAACUGAUGGGCUGGCCGGCCGGCACGCAAAUCAAGCUUUCAGAGGAGAUCAAACUGAAUAUGAUCGAAGCAAUGAAGCCGAAAGUGACGCUUGCUGCCUCUGAGAUUCAGGACGGCGACAUACUCACAGUCCAGCGAACGUUGAGCGACAAAGAAAUCAGCCAAAUAACUGCAGCCGGAGGAUACGUGGAAGCCAAGGAUUUCUACGACUACCUGUUGAAUAGGAUCAACGUCGAGUUUGUCCCACGGUUACCGGAAGCGACAGAGCUACCUACGUUUUCCUUGACACUGAGCAAGAAGAUGGCAUACGACCAGUUUGCAAGUAAGGUAGCCGAAUAUCUCAAAACAGACCCUAGCCAUCUCCGGUUCACUACCGUCAGCACGGCUGGUAAGCCCAAGCUACUCAUCAAGUACAACGCCAACUCGACACUGAACAACAUCCUGUUCCCUGGACCGUAUAACUACUCUACAAGUGCUACGCAGCGACCAGAUGCUUUGUUCUAUGAGGUGUUAGAGAUGAGUCUGAAGGAGUUGGAGCAAAGGAAGCCGAUUAAGGUCAUCUGGCUGCCAGAGGGUCUCAGCAAGGAGGAGGAGUACACAUUGAUGAUACCUAAGAAUGCACAAGUUUCAGAUCUUUUGGAGGCUCUGCAGAAGAAGGCAAAUAUCAGCGACGAGACAAUGCAAAAGGUUCGAGCGUACGAAACGAACGUAAACAAGUUCACCAAAAAUCUUACACCGGACCACCUAAUCGCCACUCUUUACGACUACCACCAGGUCUAUGUUGCGCCUUUCCCAGAAGACGAGUCGCCGAAGAAGAUUACGGUGUUUCAUUUCGAAAAGGAGCCGACAAAACCACACGGCAUACCUUUCCAAUUCUCGUUGAAAGAAGGCGAGCCAUUUAGUGAGACUAAGCAACGGAUAUCAGACUUUACGAAGAUCAAAGGCAAGCAGCUCGACAAGAUCAAGUUUGCUCUCGUUAGCCGGCCACAUUCCUCCAAACCUGAAUACCUUGACGACGAAGAAAUCUUAUGGGAUAUAGUUGGUGGGCGUGACGACAUUGCCCUUGGUCUUGACCAUACGAACAAGAGCAAAAGCUUCUGGGGCAAAUCAGACUCCAUAUUCAUUCGAUAAAGCACGACAACCGCGGUGUAGGAUACGGACGGCGACGGAGAUAAUAUCUCGCGUAUAGCGGCCAGCACAUUGAUAUGAAAACACGGGGCGGUCUUGUUUAGCAGGCGGCAACCUCAUACUUGACAUGCACAAGGCGCUAGGGGCUUCGAGGCAUUUGCGUGGGCGUAAUCACACAGGUGGAGCAGUUGCGUGCUUGGGACGGAGUAUCAUGGGCUGUUAGUACACAAGAGGAAGUGUGGGCUUUUGGAUCAUCAUCUGUGUUGAUCAGUGUAGAUUAGUAUCAGUAAAACCAAUAUGCUUCACCAUCAUCGCACGACAACUAGAUUGUCCCCCAAGCCUGCCUCGGGUGGUAAGGGCUCUGUCCGGUC